UACAAUAUGAACCCUAAAAUCAAUUUUGCCACGGUACACUUACUCCCUUUCUUAUACAAUCGGAAGCCCUAAUAUAUGUUCUCAUCCUUCUCCGUCUUUUUCCUCCCCUUUUCCUCCCCAUUUCUUGGAAUAAACCUAGUGGAAUUUGUGAUUACUGUCUCAAACCACAGGAAAACUCCCAAACCCGUGUUGCACUGGCGAGAGCCUUAAUAGGUCUCAAAGUCAGUCGUUCGAAAUCAAGUUCCUGCGUGAAACACAAAUCUUCAACUGGAAAUUUGAGAAGCUCAAACCGGCUGCCGAGGAGGUCGAGCACGUGGUGGCGCUAAUGCUUCUCCCGUGAAGGUCAAAGACAGUGUUGUGAUUGUCCUAAAGCUUUAACCAGAGGAAAUGAGUUCCCAGAUUGUGACCCGCAUAUUGGUCAAGCUCAAUUUGUUGGCAAAUUUAAAUCUGUGGAUAUAAUUGACCUAUUGAUAUCAACAUAAAGAAAAUUAGAGCUUGUCUUUGGAAGACUUAGCCUUGCAUCCUCCGGGAACCAACUUUGUGCAACUGAAAAACUGAUGGCGAAGAAAUCUGAGGAAGAAUGUCAAAUCAUGAUUCAGAAGAGUUUUCGAACUCCAAUGGUGAGGUUUUUGAGGGAACGUUUGGAGAAAGCUGGGUGUAUAGUUGAAGACAAUUUUUUCAAAGCUAUUACUUGCAAUCAAGAAGUGGCUGGUUCUUAUGUUCGUGGUGAAGGGAUAAAAGUGUGCAGUAAUUAUGUACGAAUUCAAGAUGAUGUCAACCAGGUGGUAGUUCGUGAAUUAAUUCAUGCAUUUGAUGAUUGUCGUGCUGCUAACUUGGAUUGGUCGGAUUGUGCUCACCAUGCUUGUACUGAGAUACGAACUAAUCAUCUAAGUGGCGAUUGUCAUUAUAAGCGAGAACUACUACGAGGUUUCUUGAAACUACGAGGGCAUGAACAGGAAUGUGUGAGAAGAAAAGUUUUGAAAUCUUUGUCUGCAAACCCUAAUUGCUCUGGUUUUGCCGCCGAGGAUUCCUUGGAAGCUGUAUGGGAUGUUUGUUACAACGAUACACUACCCUUUGACAGAGCUCCUUAAAACUACGUGGUUGGUACCAACAUAUAGUAUAGUCACCAUUGGUGCUAAACUAUCCUUGCGGAAUAUUUUUGGUGGCCCCUUGUUGAGCACUACAAAAUGUUAUUCAAAUUGAAUGCUUAACUUUUGUUAGAAUUUCUCACAAACUUAGUCUGUGGCAACUCCACCUGGAAGAUCAGACCGGCUUGAUUUCCACAUUUAUUUUGCAUGUUACAUUCUUCAUUUAAAUUGUUUUAGCCACAUUUAAUUUUGCAGACAUGUCAAUGAAGUGGCAAUGUUGCACGAUUUAUCAUCUGUAUAUGGGUGAGUAAUUCUUUCAUGUUUUAUGAUUUUAGAUAGAAGGUUUUUCGAAGUUGGCUGUAUCCCGAGUUUUGUUCUUUAGACCAUACAGAUAUAAAUAAGAUGGGGGACGCUAUUUACAUUGA